AUGCUAGUGCUCGGCCAAGCUCCAAGCGGAGCCUUAUCGGCCAGACGCUGUUCUCUCUCGUCCCCUCCCAAAUUCAUAAACCCAAAUCCACCUCUCUUCUCUAACCGCAAACCCAGGUUCGCUUCCAAAGCAAACCCUUCGAAAUCCCUCAAUAUCACGCUUGCGAAGGCCGAUGGAGGCAUCGAUUCGACUUCAGCCGCAGCCAAACAGGCCUUUUCUAGCUCACCAGCUCCUCCGCCUCCUCCUUCUUUGGACAAUGACCAACCAGUUUUCGUGGGUCAGGAGAACAUACCCUUGGAAGGUGUCAUUCAGUUUGAGAAGCCCAGUUCGUCUUCUCGUUUACGCAAAUGGGGUCGAGUGGCAUUGCUUGCUGGUGGGGAUGUUUUGGCUUUGCUUACGUUUGCUGCAAUUGGAAGAUUCAGUCAUGGGUUUUCUGUUUUUGAAUUUGAAACCCUGCGCACAGCUGACCCUUUUAUCGCCGGGUGGUUUUUGAGUGCUUAUUUCCUUGGAGGCUAUGGGAAGGAUGGACGUGGAGUCAAUGGUCAGUCAAAGGCUCUUACUGCUACAGCUAAGUCAUGGGCCCUGGGGAUUCCACUUGGGAUAAUCAUAAGGGCAUCAACAGCAGGCCACCUUCCACCAUACAAAUUUAUACUUGUAACAAUGGGGAGCUCUGCUGUUUUACUUCUUGGAUGGAGAGCACUUUUGUAUAAAUUUCUUCCUGGUGAUAAGAGCAAGAAGAGUGAUGUAUAUCGGCGUGGCAGUCCAUUUGAAUUGUUUGAGCAUGUAGAGUGGCCAUAUGCAAGCCAGAACCCAUGUCCUAAAGGCUGCUAA